GACAUGCAAUGUGUCGAGAACUGCGACGAUCCAAUCUCCAGGCAUCACGUCCUCUACGAGCAGCCCGUCUGGCAGACCCUACAAAUGUUCCUCGGAGAGAUGCUCUGUUUCCUCCCCGUGCUCUACGCCUGGAUCGCAUCUCGCCGCUCUUCCUCCGUCCGUCUACCCCCUGAUGCAGAUCCCCAAGAUAGCAUCAUUCCAACGCCACCGACAGAUCAACCCUCCGAGCCUGAGCUGGCAGGCUCCUUCUCCAAGCUUCCGCCCCCGCAGCUUUCCGGUUGGCGUAUCCUCCUCUUAUGGCUUCCAGCCUUCUGCGACCUCACCGGCACCACGUUGAUGAACAUCGGUCUCCUUUACACUCCUGUAUCCAUCUACCAGAUGACCCGUGGAGCUCUCGUGCUCUUCGUCGGCAUCCUCUCCGUCCUCUUUCUCCAUCGCCGCCUGUGGCUCUACCAAUGGAUUUCUCUCAUUACCGUUAUGGCCGGCGUCUCGCUCGUCGGCUUCAGCGGCUCCCUCAUUAAGGACUCCCUUCACGAGACCGUGACCUCGCUUCUGAACGCCACCGCCCCGAGUGACGGCCCGGUUGCAGAGCCGAUCGAACAGCCAGAGGCAACCAGAGUUCUGAUAGGCGUCUUCUUCAUUCUAUUCGCCCAGAUCUUCACUGCAACUCAAUUCGUCGUCGAAGAGAAGAUUCUCUCCAGGUAUGCCGUCCCACCUCUCCUGGCCGUUGGGUACGAGGGUCUCUUCGGCACGCUCUCCAUCUUCCUCCUCCUUCCGAUUCUCCCCCUCAUCACCAUCCCCGCCGAUUCCCCUGCUGCGCCGUGGUUCGACCUUCCCCGGGGAUGGCACCAGCUCGUCGACACUCCCUCUGUGCUUUACUCCGGCCUCGUGAUCGCCGUCAGCAUCUCGCUGUUCAACUUCUUCGGGCUGAGCGUGACACGGCACGUCAGCGCGACCGCGCGCAGCCUGACAGACACCUGUCGCACGCUCGCCAUCUGGAUCGUGAGCCUCGGCCUGGGAUGGGAAGUGCUCGUAUGGCCCAUCUCCCUCGUGCAAGUCCUCGGCUUCGGGCUCCUGGUGUACGGAACCUUCCUGUUCAACAACCUCGUCAAUCCCCCGCGCUUCCUCUGGCGCCCUGCGCCCGCAACCGCGCGCGCCCCCUCGGACUCGGACGAGACCGUCACCGAAGCCCUGCUCGCCCCCGAGACUGAGGAAGAGCGCCGGGAGGCGCUCGACGAGACCGCGGCGCUGCCCGCGGACCUCGGCCAGAGCGGGUUCGACGUCGUGCCCCGCGAGAGGAGCCGCAGCAGGUCCAGGAGCUGAGCGCUGAGCCUGUGCAAGUGGCGGGUCGGGCGGUGAAGACGGACGGGGCGGUCGGUCGUCCAAGCGAGCGAGUCAUCGCCGAUCAUGAGCGUGCGACGGCGCUGGGCUCGGGUGCGGCUCUUUCUCGAUUUGAUUCGGCGGGGCGGACGGCUGGACUGCUCUAUCUUUUUUUAACCUUUUCGUGCUUCGCGCAUGCGAUAUCUGAUGCACCGCCGGUACAUACACACAUAACAUGCUACAUAAUAGUUGAACGAACGGCGCCUCUCCACGCCGACGACGUCCUGGCCUUUUACGUCUCGCCUCGAUAUAUUAAUGAUUUCGAAC